AUGCCGGAGAGACAUAUGAGUGAGGAGCUGGCCAAGAAACACUUGGGCAUAAAGAACACUUUCCGGAGAGGUAGAAGCUCCUAUCAAGGCAGCCGCUUAAUUUCUGCUGCACAAUCCACACGCCCUGCUUCUCCUUUUGGUGGUGAAGCCUCGGGUUGGGUUAAUAUGGCUGCAGCACAACAUCAUCAUUGCUCAGGAUUGUCCUACUUGCCCUACAUCAUGUGUCCACUAGGACCUCAGCCACCUUCUCCAGAUGAUAAUUUUGGGGGACCACAGACACCUACACAUGAAUGUCUUCUGGCACCUCUACCACCUUGCUCAGCCAAUGGUUUUCUGAGCUCAUACACAACACCACCCAAGUGUCUUCUGGUAUCUCUGCCACCUUCUCCAGAUGAUGAGUUUUUGAGACCACAGACACCUACACAUGAGUGUCUUCUGUUACCUCUGCUACCUUUAGCCAAUGAUUUUCUGAGCCCAUAUACAACUCUACCUGAGUGUCUUCUGGCACCUCUACCACCUUCUCCAAAUGAUAAUCUUUGGACACCACAGACACCACUACUCCAGUGUCUUCUGGUACUGAUGCCAUCAUCUCCAGCUGAUGAUUUUCUGAGACCACACACACCUUCUAUCCAGUGUCCUCUGGGAUCCCAACCACUUUCUCCAACUGAUAAUUUUUUGAGAUUACAGGUAGCUCCACCUUUUGAGUGUCCCCUGAGACCUCAACUACCUGACCCAACACACCUCAACCUGAGCGUCCUCUGGUAUCUCUACCACUGUCUCCAGCUGAAGAUGUUCUAA